CAGCUUAAGCAUACUUUCUGCAGAGUUUGGUGAAAAUAGAAAAAGUGAAAGCAGUCGGCUAUGGAGGAGAGGCGCAUAAGAAGAUUUGGAAGGGGACAAACACACACUCUAUUACCUCUCCAAACAUCUUCAUCAUCAUCAUCAUCACAAACUCAAAACCCUUGUGAUUUAUCAAACACAAUAUCAUGUUGGUAUUGUGAUUACAAAAUCACAGCCUUUAAUUCUCAUCUUUUCCGUUUUGGAAGGCGACAUGCUCAAUUCCUCAAACUCUGGUUUUCGAUUGGUGUCGGUUUUACACUCACUUCACUUCUCCUAGUCACUAUGAUUCUUGUUUGGGACUUGGGUAUCUUUUUGCAUUUAUAUGGUGGAAACAGGGAGCUAACAGAUGUUGUUAAUUCUUUGUUAUUCGGGUUUUCUCCGCCAGUUCAUGGAUUCAGAGUAUCGGUUAUUGAUGCUUCGUAUUUAUUCAUUUCCACUAUGAUAUCUGUUUCAGUUCAUGAGUUUGGCCAUGCCAUUUCUGCUGCCAGUGAGGGUAUACAGACGGAAUAUGUAGCCAUGUUUAUUGCUCUUCUUUUUCCUGGUGCUCUUGUGGCUUUCAAUUACGAGCUACUUCAGCUCUUACAACGGUUUGCUGCCCUUCGUAUUUACUGCGCUGGCAUCUGGCAUAAUGCUGUGUGUUGUGCAGCUUGCGGACUGUUGUUAUUCCUCCUGCCUUUAAUCUUAUCUCCCUUCUACAUGCAUGAUCAAAGCGUCACGGUUUUGAAUGUACCUUCUUCCUCUCCUUUGUCUGGUUAUUUGUCUCCUGGUGAUGUAAUCGUGUCAUUGGAUGGUAGGCGUAUUCAUAAUGAACAAGAAUGGAUGGAUAUGACUACUCUGAUGCACAAACAGGCACUACACAGUUCAAAUCAUUCAGAAAAUUCUGAAGGUUUUUCCAUGGUUUGUAGAAGAAGAGGUUAUUGUGUCCCUACUUCUCUGAUUGAAGAAAGCAAGAUGAUUCAUUCAUUAGAUGAUCAAUCUACUUGUCCGGAUGACCUAACUGAAUUUGUAGCUUGUCAGUGCUUUGAUUCCAGUAAAUCAGAUGAGGCCAUAUCUGAGAUUGAUCAUCAGCAGCAGCUUACAAGAAAGAGUAGGCACUGCUUGAAUGCUCGGGAUGUUGUCAAACUUAAUAAAUGCGAUCAUGGAUGGUUUACGGAAACAAAUAAUGGAAGCAGCUGCUUAUGCUCUCAGGAUGAAUAUUGUUCAAGCCCUGUCCAGAUUCCUGGUUUGAUAUGGGCUGAGAUCACCUAUUUGAGGCCUUAUUCUUCAGAAUGCCUGCUACCUGGAAAAUACUUAGUUCCUGAUACUGAAAAUGCUUUUAUAGAAGAUAACUGUGGUGGGACUUUUGUUUUUGUUGGCAACGUGCUCUCCAUGGCACAUUCAGUUAAGUUGAGUGCUUACCAACCUCGUUGGGCAUUCGCUUUUGGUGCUCAUGUUCCAAAAGUUAUCGAGAAGAUCUUAGCAUGCACAUUUCAAGUUUCUCUAACAGUCGCUCUCCUCAACAGCUUACCGGUGUAUUUUUUGGAUGGCGAAUCUAUUUUGGAGGCAGCUCUGUGUCAUUUCACUUUGUUGGGUCCAAGGAAGAGGGAAAAAGUGUUGCAAGCCUGUCUGCUAGGGGGAACUAUCAUUUCGAUGCUGGCUUUUAUAAGGAUUUUUUUCAUCAAUAUUUUCUAGUCAACAGAUUAACCGAGUUCUUGGAGCAUAUGAAAACAUCUAGGAGUGGUUAUAUUACAUCGACUAACUUCCUGGACCAUGACACAUCGGACCAGCAGCAUUGAAUCAUCCAACACUUGCAUUUGAAUGUACAUAUCGAAGGACAUAAAGUGUAAGAUUCAUAGAUCAUGCUUAAUACAUAGAACAGAACUUGACGCCUUUUAACAUGCAUGUCAACUUGUUGACUUUUAUCUGUGAAUCAAUUGGCCCCUCAUCGAUAAAUUAAUUGCAGCAACUAACUUUUAUAACCUCA